AUGUUGUUCACCAGCACUGCCGUUGCUGCUCUGAGCGGCGCAUUGCUCAUCCAGCCCGCCCUUGCUGCCCCCAACGGCCUUCCCUCACACGGCGGCUCCCAUCAUGGCCCCAAGGACCCCUUCGAGGUGCUGGAUCCCCAAAAUUGGGUCAAUCCCGACAAUAUGACCUGGGCCGAUUUUAAGUCCCCUCCAGGCACCAAAUGGAACGACCCUUCUCGAAAGGGCUCGAUCCGCAACUUCAACAUCGCCCUGGUAAAUGUCGACUAUCCUGAUAAGCCAUUUACCAUCACAAUGGCACCGGGAUCCGACGUUUUCAAGAAUCCUCAGCCGGGUUCACCAAACGUAACGCGAAGUCAAGUUCCCGCCUUCUACCGCGAUUUCCUUAACAAGCCGGGAAAACUCAACCGCGGUCAUACACUUCAUGAAUAUUGGAUGGAGGACUCGAACGGACGCUUCGGUGUCGACCUGACCACGUUCGGAGUGUACAAGAUGCCAUUGAAGUCGUAUCAGUACGGUAUUGGCGAGUCAAUGAACGCUGGUGCUUGCCCCAUUGGAGAAACCUGCUACUAUGAAAUCCGUGAUGAUGCCCUCGGUGCCUGGCGCAAGGAUAUUGGCGAAGAGAAGGCCAAGUCCUUUGAGCUGGUCUUCAUCCUGUCUGCUGGUCAGGAUGAGUCCUCUACCUGGCAGGAGUUUGGCGAGAUCAUGUUCCAGAACAAGGAAGAUGUGACUUCUGCCUUUGGUCCUCCACCAGGUAACGGCACAGGAAACAUGACACUUCCCAACUAUGCUAAAACUCGCUAUGUCGAAUGGACCUCUUGGGCUUCUGCCUCUGCCAUCUGGCCAAAUGCUGGCGAUGGUUCGUCUACCCAGGCCGAAAGCUCUGGAAUGGGCACCUUUGCCCACGAGCUCAGCCAUCUGCUCAAUGUUGGAGACAACUAUAACAACCCCUACGGCAAACCGCUCCGCCGUUCCUACACUGGCCCAUGGUCUAUGAUGUCUCGCGGCUCCUUCAAUGGACCUGGAGGCCCGCAUACCCGCUGGCAAGUCCCUCCACUACAGGGUGGUUCCAUGGGAUCCCAGCAUACCUUCCAUGAUAAGAUAAGACUUGGAUUAACCACCAAGGAUAGCGCCCUGAACAUUUCCCGUGAGGCCUUGGCUAACUCUGGUCUUAUUGUUGCUCGCGUCACUGCCCGUGUCAUUGCACCUAAGCCUGGUGAUUUGAUCGGAAUCCAUGUUGCCAUGGACAAGGACAAGUCUCCCAAAUGCGACGUCAAUACUGACCCUUACUGCGAUGGUAAUGGUUACCAGAAUUACAACGUCGAAGUCAUUGACCGCAUGGGCGCUGAUUCCUUCUGCCCUGACUCUGGAGUCAUGCUCAGCAAGACCAGGGACAAGGCAUUCUCAAACUACCAGUGGACCAUUGAUGCCAACCCACAAGACAUCAAGCAAGUUGACUUCCACCGCCCAGACGGCACACCCGCCAUGAUCAGCCUUGGCGACUACCGCCAGCUGGCUGAUGCCCUGUUCCAUGCUGGAACUCGCUCUGGUAGCCAGUACGAAUACACCGACAAGGCCAACAAUCUCCAAUUUUACAUUAUCGAACCCCACCGCGACGAGGCGGGCGUCCUCUCCUACACCACUGCUGUCCGCUAUGUCGGCGGUAAGGACCCCCAUAAGCGCGGCGUCAAGCUUGAUAAGAAUGCAAAGAUUACCUCCAGCAACACCAAGCCAACCGACAAGGGUGUGACCUGCUCCUUCACCCUGCACAACACUGGAACCUACAACCCGGCUGCUGGCAAGGCUAAGCACCCUCAGGAUGUUACUGCAUACCUCAAGUCUGAUGUCUACCGCCUCAAAGCCACCGUUGAGGGACGUGGCUGGAGGGUCGAGGUUCCAAAUGCCCUGGCUACUGCUGAGUUUGGCAAGACUGUCACUGUCUCUGUAGCUGUCGGCGCCGAGAACUCUGCUCAAGAUAAAGCCAAGGUCACUCUCACUGCUACCUCAGAGGCGGACCCUUCGAAGUUCGCUACCGCUGAGUGCAAAGUGAACAAGUUCCGCAACUAG